CCUUAAAAAUAUAUUAAUAAAUAAUGAUUUAAAUAAUUUUCAUUCCUUCCAUUUCCAUUCUUUUUUUUAAAAGGUAUUCAUUAAGUAUGCAAAAGGGCAAAGCCCAAUGAAAAAGGUUACAAAUCAAACAAAAGACAACAAAGGCCAAAAAGACAAGCCCAAAGAACGAAGCCCAAACAACAACCUGGAAACCCAAUAGGGCCCACACACAAGCCCGAUCUGAAUUAAGCUCUUAACCAUAGCCGUCGCUUGUUUGCCCCUGGCUCCUCACCGUUGUUGCAAGCCAAAAAAACGCUCAUUCUCCAACCAGUCCUGAGAAGGAAAAGAAACAAGAAGGAAAGCGUGAAGCCCAACAACCCGUGGGAAGGCAACAGAAACAACAUGCAACACCUCCACCAACACCUCUUCGGGCCCAACUUUGUCGGCUCCUCGUUGCCAAACACCAACGCGAGAAACUUCCCAUUGAAAGGGCGGUCGGUGACGAGACCACAAGGAUCGGGGAGGAAGAGCAAACGCCAGAAAGUGGAGAACAACUCCCCUUUCGAUUCAGGCAAGAGCACGACUCUAGCCUCCCUAAAUUCCUCGGGAGUCGUCGAUCUAGCGUCGAUUGAGAUUGGGUCGCCGCCGUCACUACGACUACCGGCGAUCGGCAACUUUUCGAAUCAAAAGGGAAAGGUUUGGAUGAGAAACCGGCUGGGUGAGAUUUCCUAAUUCCAAUUUAUUUAGCAUAAAUUAAGAAGGCUGAAUUCACUAGAAGAUAAUACUAUCUUGGGUUUUUGGUUUAUUUGCAAAUAAGAACUUUAGAGAAACAUAUAUUUUCUGAGUUUUCGAUUUUUAUUAAACCAAACAACGGUUUAACAAAAUCUAUCUAAAAUCAAAAUGACUAAAAAAGGGUUAAUGCUUUAAGCAUAGCAGCCGCUACUUGCUAUUUGCUAAAUCUAGACAGUAGUUUUUACCAAUUGUAUUAGAAUAGCUGGGUUUUUGAAGUGACUCUUGAUAUAUUAGGAGUUGCUAAAGGUGAUUUUUCUGUAAUUUUGAUGUAAUUAACGUGCUCUAAAUGG